AGCACUGAUACUGUAAUGUCACUCAGAUGAAAAGUGUUGUUUCGCUCCUCCCAGCAGUUUUUAGCAUAUUUGGCGUAUCCCCUUUACUUUUUUGUUUACUAUUCAAUUAAGUCCUUUUUUCGCUAUGUGCUAUGUUAAGUUAAUUUGACUAGACACGCGACAUAAUCAUAAGCAGCUCUGCAAUUAAUGUUCGCUCGAUGUCAAUAGGGACGAUAUUUGUUUGCUGUGUGUCAUCCAAAAUGGCAGGAAAGACGAAUAAUUUGCAUUUAGACAUUAGCUGAUGUGAAAUAAUGAUAUUAAGUGCGUCUAGAAGAGUGUCGUGUGGGUGGACUGUGAAUUAACGCGGGAAUGUGGACAUAGGAGUGUGAGAUGGGGUCCCAGACUUUGGAAAUUCUGCGUCAGGGUGUUUGGGCAUCUCUGACAGGCGGCUGGUUUUACGAUCCGCAUCAGAAUUUGUUUUGCAACACUGUGCACCUGUACGUGUGGCUGUUCUUGCUAUGCCUUCCGUUCUCCGUGUACCUGUAUUUCCCUCCAGCGAGCCUUGGGUGGAUCAUUUACUGCACGCUGGUGGCUCUUCUCUUCACGAUCCUGAAGCUGCUCAACCAUGGGCUCCAUCACAUGUAUGACACCAGCGAAUGCAUUGUUCUCCCGCCAAGCACCGAUGGGACUUCCAACGAAAAUACUGCCCGCGAUGAAGGCAUGGAGAUGCAGAUGCUCCGUCCGGCGGCCGCCAGCAGCGACAACGAGUCGAUGGCGGGCGCCGACUACAACAAACCCAACAACAGCACCAUAGGUAACUGUUACAGACAAUGUUACAACCGCAAUGAAGGCAUGGAGAUGCAGAUGCUCCGUCCGGCGGCCACCAGCAGCGACAACGAGCCGAUGGCUGGCGCCGACUACAACAAACCCAACAACAGCACCAUAGGUAACUGUUACAGACAAUGUUACAACCGCAAUGAAAGCAUGGAGAUGCAGAUGCUCCGUCCGGCGGCCGCCAGCAGCGACAACGAGUUGAUGGCGGGCGCCGACUACAACAAACCCAACAACAGCACCAUAGGUAACUGUUACAGACAAUGUUACAACCGCAAUGAAGGCAUGGAGAUGCAGAUGCUCCGUCCGGCGGCCACCAGCAGCGACAACGAGCCGAUGGCUGGCGCCGACUACAACAAACCCAACAACAGCACCAUAGGUAACUGUUACAGACAAUGUUACAACCGCAAUGAAAGCAUGGAGAUGCAGAUGCUCCGUCCGGCGGCCGCCAGCAGCGACAACGAGUCGAUAGCGGGCGCCGACUACAACAAACCCAACAACAGCACCAUAGAUUUGAAAGUGGACGUGCACAGAAAGAACAGCUCGGAGUCUAGCAACGAAGACAGCACACUGUCCGUGAAGUUGUCGGACGUGGCGGCCGCCGGCGCCGAGCUGGCGGCGCCCGAGCCCGGGCCCUCCGGGGCCAAGAGGCCGCAGCCGAGGCGAAAGCCUAAACGCGACCCGCGAGGCAAGCGGCGCGCCAACCGCAUCGACGAGCUCAUCGUGGAGGAGGGCGGCCGCGCGGCCCGCGACGCCCGCGACGCCGCGCUGCCGCACGACGACGGGCCCUUUGCCAAGGUCUCCCGCCGCUACCACGACUGUUCCCACCGCCGCGGCUCCAACCGAGACUUCUUCAAAGAGUGGUUAUACCUCGACGGCAACGAAGCCGUCGGAGAACCUUACCAAUCCAAAUUUGCCCGCCAACUUAGCUCGGACUCUAGAGAUAACUCCGAACCGAGCGUAGGACCACCUUCCCCAAAGAAAAGGUCACACCGGAGAAGAUACACUAACUAUCCGGAGGAAAACUGCACCAAAUCCGCUAUAGCACUAACUACUCAAGAAUUAAACAGGAAUAUGAGAUGCAAAUCCAACUCAACCAUGUCGACUAUACAGCUACCGUUACUAAAUUCAACUGCUCAAUUGGUCUCUCAUAUGCGGAGACACUCAAAUAACACGGACACAGGUUUUUUCGCGAGUGUCGAGCUUGGGGAGUAUAUGAUGGUCAAAGCGGAAGCUCCGACUGGUGACACUGAUAAAAAUAAAGGCAAAAGCCCAGGAGUUAGAAGAAUUAAAAGUGCCGCGUUAGAGAUAGGAUGCCCUCCGCCCAGCGUAUCGAAUUUAUCCCCCCAUCCUAAUAGUGUAGAGACUAUAGGCGGACAAGUAUUGAAAAACCCUAAGAACGCUGUUAUACCGCCCCCAAGCAAAUGCUUGACUAGAGGACCGCAUUUCAAUUUGUUCCCUAGAAGCGAACCGGACGAAGGCAGAGGCAGCUACCCCUACUUAACAUACGGUUCAGAAAUAGUAUAUCCCAUAGCUGAAAUAUCUGAUGAGAUGCAGACAUCACAGAAAGAGACUGAUUUAGAUUCAAGCGGUGAAAGUUACAGUGAUUACGAAGAUGAUAAGCAGUUCCGAGGCUUCGAUUGGGACGCGGAGCAAUCCCCAGUAGUGAGAUCCAGUGAUUCAGAUUAUGAGAACAAUGGUUCAAGAUCUCCUUUGCUAGACAGAGCAACAGAUGUCCGAGUGGUCCGAACAAAGAACCAAGAUUGCAAGAAACACUGCUGUGAACGACACUCGAAGCAGAAUCCAGAGUGCGCCCAUAGCAAAUCUAAACCUGUAAGACUGAAGAAGCUUAUGAAACAAGAAGAAGCCAAGUGUGUUGAUCGACCGAGUGGUUCGUGUGAGUGUAAAUAUCCCGCUGACUAUUUUGAUAAAGCCAGUGCUAGUUCUAAAGACUUGCUUAUAGAGAAAUCAAGUUUAGAAUCUAAUGAGAAUGUCGAGAAGAAAGACGAUAAGCCAGUUGAAAAGAAACUGUGGGACCAUGAUAUUUCUAACUCUAGCAGUAGUAGUGAAACCAAUUUUGAUAGACCACCGGAGAAAGCGAAAGAAGAUGAUGAAAAAGUCUUCCAAGAGACUGAGGAAUCGCAGGUAACUGAUAGUAAAAGCGCGGAUGAGAGAAGUGUUUAUAGUAUAGACUGGUUGUUUGAAGAAUCGGCUAAAGAUGAGUCCCCACCCUGCUGCCCGGUGGUCUGUCACGAAAAUUGUGCUACAGAAGAAAUUAUAUGCCAAAAACUUGCCAACGCCUUAGGCGAAUCCUCAUUCAAUGUCCCAAAAAAUUUAGGAGCUAUUCCAAAGCAGAUUAAAAACUUGGCGCGUUCGAGAACUUCAUCUCAGAAGGAGAAUAAGAAAAAAGAUUCUAAGAAAGAGAAUGAGACAGAAGAUAGAACGCUUAUGGAUGCUGUGGAGGCUCAGGCUGCUUUAGUACAGGGUUUAGAAUGCUUGUUUGCAGCUACGAAUGCUAAUACGGUUGUCAUGCCACCACCCAACAGGGAAGAGCGACCAAGAAGUCACAGGGAAAGCAUUAGAGGUGAAAGGGAAAACUCGAACAAGACCAGGAAAAGAUCAAUAGAAGAGGUCGCACAAACAUCCACUAACACCCUACUCCCAACUUCCAUGCCUCUACUAGCGGCUUUCCUAAACUCCAGAGUAGAUUUAAUGCCCUGCUGCUUACCCGAAAAUGCCCCUCCAGAGCUAGUCCAAUACGCCGAAGAAGGCCAAAGACUUAGACCCCUAAUGGACAGAAACCACAGGAAUAGAGUGCGAAAAAUAAAACGGUCUACCAGACAAAGAAACAAUCCGUCCAAUCAGAAUAAUGUUGAUAAAAAAGACAAAAUCCCUAACCCGGAAAAUCCUAACACUUCAAAUAGCGUUCACUUCGCUACAUCCUUCGAUGACACGACAGACGGAGCAAUACAUUGUUUCAUGGAUGAAUAUGGCAAUUGGAUGUCAUACACGUUUGAUAAAAACAGCUCAGGACGGGCUCAAGCUCAACCUAUUCCUCUCCCAGACAAAGAGGAUGUUAGAUGUAAUAGAGUAAAGCCGAUAGAAGCUCCAGAUUCGCAGGAAACCGGUGAAGGCAGCUGCGGAUCCUUAGAAUCAGAAGCGGGGAACAGCGAAAGCAUAGCUAAACCUAAAAGGGAAAAUAGCAUUGAUCAAAGCUCUUCUAAUCAGGGCAGUAAUAACCCAUUACUGUCAAGUAACAACAAUGUUUCCGCUGUUGUGCCGAUUAAUACCAACAAUGCGAAUAAAAGGUUUUAUGUUUUUGAUGGCGGGACCGGAUCACGCACGGAUCAACCACGAUCCCCUGUAGCAUACGCCACUGAUAGCUUACUAGAGCAAAUUGAGGCAGAAAGACAGUCUAGAAUGGGCUUCCCAAGCAUGCAUAUAAACUUCUUAAUGAGCCAACAAAGAGCACAGAGGGAACAAGCACAACAAUCCGUUGAAACUGUCUCUAACAAUAUACCAAGUCUAAUGCCUUCCUCAAUAGGCGAAGCGAGCCUAGAAAUCAACAUAAGGAGUAAAUUAUCGAAGUUCAUGGACGAAAUAGAGAAAGCAAAUCAGCCGAAACCAAAGAGUUACUACAAGUUUAAUCUAUGGAAGUGUUUCGAAGUGAAAGUGACUAUGGACAGAUUGAAAUUGAUGGCGUUGUUUGACAGGAAUUUAACGUUCAAAGAGACUUUCAUUUCGAUCUUGCUAGCGAUUUCAGUGGCAGUUCUAGGUUCCAUGGUGUUAAAUCUAGGAUUCUACAGGGAUAUAUACGCGUUUUGGUUCUGUUUUAUAAUUGCUGGAAGCCAAUAUUCUUUGCUAAAAAGUGUCCAACCGGAUUCAGCGUCCCCCGUUCACGGUUUCAACAAAAUGGUCGUGUUUUCUCGACCGGUAUACUUCUGUUUAUGCACAGCAAUGCUAUGUCUGGUACAUGGGCAGUUGCAGCAGAUGCCAGAAGAACAUUCUAGAACUAAACGAAGCCUGGACGAAAAACCUCUAACUAUAUACGGAUUCGAAAUGAAUCAGAGAGAUUUUUUACUAGUAAUUCAGGAAGUUUUAUCAAAAUUUCUUCUUUUCUUCCCUUUAGCAUUCAGCUUAGGAUUAUUCCCUCAAGUGAAUACGUUUCUCAUGUAUCUUCUAGAACAAAUCGAUAUGCAUAUAUUUGGUGGUAACGCUACCAGCAGUUUAAGUGCUGCGGUAUAUUGUGUAGUAAGAUCUUUAGCUGCUAUAGGAGUUCUAUACGGCUUCGCUUACAGUGGACUGGUUGAAGGGAAGAAAUCACAGCACCAAAAACACAAUAUACUUUUUUCUAUCUUCUGCGCUUUGCUAGUACCUAUAGCAUACCACUUAAGUAGAAGCGCGAGCGAUUAUACAUUAAUAUGGAAUUUAAUUAAAAAGCACUUACUUCCACCUGAUUUAUACGUGAUUCAGACGCUACCAGAAGUCGUACCGGAAGCAGAGAAACCUGAAAACACAUUAACGGACGACAAGAAAAAUAAUUCAGAAAGCAAUAUCUCGAAACAGAACUCCAUAGGAUCAUCAGCGUCUAAAAUCAACUUCAGCUCGGAGACUAACAUUGCUAAAACGCAAAAGCGGUCUCAGACUUCAAGCGUUAGCUCUUUAAAAAUGGAUCCUAGAGGGGAUACUAUGUCUACUUCAUCUUUAAAGGAACCGAAUGAGACGGAAGAUAAAAGUCAGGCGAAAGAGCCAGAAAAGCCGGUAGAUGAGGAUAUGGAGGAUCCUUUGCCUAAGAAGUUGCAGGCGACGGUGAAUGCGAGGUUGAAGAACGAUGUGAUAGUGUGCACGUUUCUGACAUUGUUCGUGUUUGGGCUGCACUGUACUACGGUGUUUACGUCGCUCAAUAAACUGCAGUUGAACAAGGUGGUCUGGAUAAUCUGCGCAGUAGGCUGGGUACUACACUAUAUAACCCCUCAACUGCGAAAACAGCAACCUUGGCUUUGUUUAGCGGGACCAGUGUUAAGGCCCCACGAACACGCGCAGUUUGAGGUCACUGAACCGGCGAAACUUAUGUAUUUCGAAAAGAUAUUCGUGUACCUGUGCUUCCUGGAGCGCAACGUGCUGUACCCGGGCGUGGUGGUGGCGGCCACGACGCAGGACGCGCCGCUCGUGGCCGCCAAGUACGGCGACGCGCUGGCGGCGCUGCUCGUGUGCGUGGCCGCGCUCAAGUGUCUCCGGAACGCGUACUCAGAACCUGAGACGCAAUACCUGAUACUGGUGUUCGCGUAUCUGCUGUUUCAAUGGGACCUCAACAGUCAGGAUAUUUCGGAACAAUUCCUCAUUGAUUACUUCUUCACCGCCAUUAUAUUCAGCAAAGUGUACGAGUUUCUUCUUAAGAUCCAGUUCGUGGUAACCUACAUCGCACCCUGGCAAAUCACUUGGGGCAGCGCCUUCCACGCUUUCGCUCAACCAUUCAGCGUGCCGCAUUCUGCCAUGUUGUUCCUGCAGUGCGCGGUCUCGGCGUUACUGUCGUCGCCUCUCACUCCCGCUUUGGGCAGUGCAAUUUUCAUGACAUCGUACGUACGCCCCGUCAAGUUCUGGGAGCGCGACUACAACACCAAAAGAGUAGAUCAGAGCAACACGAGGCUCUCGUCGCAGUUGGAACGGAAUCUGGGGGCUGAUGACAACAAUCUUAACUCUAUAUUCUACGAGCAUCUAACACGAUCACUGCAACACUACCUGUGCGGAGAUCUCAUGCUGGGCAGAUGGGGACAGGUCCAACAAGGAGAUUGUUUCGUGCUCGCCUCAGACUAUCUGAACUGCCUAGUCCAUAUAGUGGAGAUGGGCAACGGGCUGGUAUCCUUCCAACUGCGAGGCUUGGAAUUCAGGGGGACUUAUUGCCAGCAACGUGAAGUCGAGGCUAUUUCGGAAGGUCCAGAGGAGAGUGGUGAAGGCGUAUGUGGCGUAUGGGCAUGCGGCCUCGGCGGCGCCCGCUUCCUGGCGCCCGGCGCCGCCUGGGCGCUGCGCUGGCUGGCGUGGCAGCUGGCCGCCGCGCGCUACGUGCUGGAGGGCUACAGCGUGGCCGACAACAGCGCCGUGUCCAUGCUGCAGCUGUUCGACUUCAGGAAGGUGCUGCUCACGUAUUAUGUCAAGGUGAGUGUUGCCUGGGCGCUGCGCUGGCUGGCGUGGCAGCUGGCCGCCGCGCGCUACGUGCUGGAGGGCUACAGCGUGGCCGACAACAGCGCCGUGUCCAUGCUGCAGCUGUUCGACUUCAGGAAGGUGCUGCUCACGUAUUAUGUCAAGGUGAGUGUUGCCUGGGCGCUGCGCUGGCUGGCGUGGCAGCUGGCCGCCGCGCGCUACGUGCUGGAGGGCUACAGCGUGGCCGACAACAGCGCCGUGUCCAUGCUGCAGCUGUUCGACUUCAGGAAGGUGCUGCUCACGUAUUAUGUCAAGGUGAGUGUUGCCUGGGCGCUGCGCUGGCUGGCGUGGCAGCUGGCCGCCGCGCGCUACGUGCUGGAGGGCUACAGCGUGGCCGACAACAGCGCCGUGUCCAUGCUGCAGCUGUUCGACUUCAGGAAGGUGCUGCUCACGUAUUAUGUCAAGGUGAGUGUUGCCUGGGCGCUGCGCUGGCUGGCGUGGCAGCUGGCCGCCGCGCGCUACGUGCUGGAGGGCUACAGCGUGGCCGACAACAGCGCCGUGUCCAUGCUGCAGCUGUUCGACUUCAGGAAGGUGCUGCUCACGUAUUAUGUCAAGGUGAGUGUUGCCUGGGCGCUGCGCUGGCUGGCGUGGCAGCUGGCCGCCGCGCGCUACGUGCUGGAGGGCUACAGCGUGGCCGACAACAGCGCCGUGUCCAUGCUGCAGCUGUUCGACUUCAGGAAGGUGCUGCUCACGUAUUAUGUCAAGGUGAGUGUUGCCUGGGCGCUGCGCUGGCUGGCGUGGCAGCUGGCCGCCGCGCGCUACGUGCUGGAGGGCUACAGCGUGGCCGACAACAGCGCCGUGUCCAUGCUGCAGCUGUUCGACUUCAGGAAGGUGCUGCUCACGUAUUAUGUCAAGGUGAGUGUUGCCUGGGCGCUGCGCUGGCUGGCGUGGCAGCUGGCCGCCGCGCGCUACGUGCUGGAGGGCUACAGCGUGGCCGACAACAGCGCCGUGUCCAUGCUGCAGCUGUUCGACUUCAGGAAGGUGCUGCUCACGUAUUAUGUCAAGGUGAGUGUUGCCUGGGCGCUGCGCUGGCUGGCGUGGCAGCUGGCCGCCGCGCGCUACGUGCUGGAGGGCUACAGCGUGGCCGACAACAGCGCCGUGUCCAUGCUGCAGCUGUUCGACUUCAGGAAGGUGCUGCUCACGUAUUAUGUCAAGGUGAGUGUUGCCUGGGCGCUGCGCUGGCUGGCGUGGCAGCUGGCCGCCGCGCGCUACGUGCUGGAGGGCUACAGCGUGGCCGACAACAGCGCCGUGUCCAUGCUGCAGCUGUUCGACUUCAGGAAGGUGCUGCUCACGUAUUAUGUCAAGGUGAGUGUUGCCUGGGCGCUGCGCUGGCUGGCGUGGCAGCUGGCCGCCGCGCGCUACGUGCUGGAGGGCUACAGCGUGGCCGACAACAGCGCCGUGUCCAUGCUGCAGCUGUUCGACUUCAGGAAGGUGCUGCUCACGUAUUAUGUCAAGGUGAGUGUUGCCUGGGCGCUGCGCUGGCUGGCGUGGCAGCUGGCCGCCGCGCGCUACGUGCUGGAGGGCUACAGCGUGGCCGACAACAGCGCCGUGUCCAUGCUGCAGCUGUUCGACUUCAGGAAGGUGCUGCUCACGUAUUAUGUCAAGGUGAGUGUUGCCUGGGCGCUGCGCUGGCUGGCGUGGCAGCUGGCCGCCGCGCGCUACGUGCUGGAGGGCUACAGCGUGGCCGACAACAGCGCCGUGUCCAUGCUGCAGCUGUUCGACUUCAGGAAGGUGCUGCUCACGUAUUAUGUCAAGGUGAGUGUUGCCUGGGCGCUGCGCUGGCUGGCGUGGCAGCUGGCCGCCGCGCGCUACGUGCUGGAGGGCUACAGCGUGGCCGACAACAGCGCCGUGUCCAUGCUGCAGCUGUUCGACUUCAGGAAGGUGCUGCUCACGUAUUAUGUCAAGGUGAGUGUUGCCUGGGCGCUGCGCUGGCUGGCGUGGCAGCUGGCCGCCGCGCGCUACGUGCUGGAGGGCUACAGCGUGGCCGACAACAGCGCCGUGUCCAUGCUGCAGCUGUUCGACUUCAGGAAGGUGCUGCUCACGUAUUAUGUCAAGAGCAUAAUCUACUACACCAUGCAAUCAGCGAAGCUUGAAGAGUGGCUGUCAUCACCAACAUUGACUGAAGCCCUGAAACCUAUGGCAGAGCGCUCGUUCGUCGACCUGGAUCCCAUCUUUAAUGUCAAUUUGGACGAAGACUACGACUUUAGGGCAUCUGGGAUCACCAGGUCGCGAUUCUGCGCAGUGUACCAAGAGUGGAUCGUGCACUGCGGGUCCCGGCGCGGGGCCGGCUGGCGGCGGCGCGCCGCGGCGCGGGACUCCCCGCUGGUGACGCUGUGCUUCGCGCUCAGCGUGGUCGGGCGCCGCGCGCUCGCGCACGCACAACACCUGUCUGCCUCUAGCGUGGAGUUCUUCCUGUACGGUCUACACUCGCUGUUCAAGGGCGAUUUCCGAAUCACCUGCGCGCGCGACGAGUGGGUGUUCACCGAUAUGACACUGCUACACUCCGUGCUGGCACCCGCCAUAAGGAUGGCUUUGAAACUGCAUCAGGACCACUUCAUGUUCCCCGAAGAGUACUGCAGCAGCUCAGCUCUGUUCUCAGCCAUCGCGUGCCACUCCGCCCGCCUGGUCAUCUGCCACGAGGCGGCGCCGGCCUGGCGCCACAACGUGCUGCGCGGCGCGCCGCACCUGCUCGCCCUCAGACACGUAAUGGACGAAGGCAACGACGACUACAAAAUAAUAAUGCUGAACAAGCGCCAUCUAGGUUUCCGCGUGAUCAAGUUGAACCGCGAGUGCGUCCGCGGGCUCUGGGCUGGACAGCAACAAGAAUUGGUCUAUCUGAGGAACCGAAACCCGGAGCGAGGGUCCAUACAGAACGCUAAACAGGCAUUACGCAACAUAAUAAACUCCUCGUGCGACCAGCCCAUCGGUUACCCGAUCUACGUGUCGCCGUUGACCACGUCGUACGCCGACACGUCUCCACCGCUAUGUUCGCUACUGGGCGGACCAGUUACUGUAAAAGCCAUCAGAACGAGAGUCGCUGCACUAUGUAAAAGGAUCCGCCGGCGCUGUGGAGAGGGCUGCUCGAGCGGCGGAGUGGACGCGGCCGCCGCAGAGGCCGGCGCGGCGCGGGCCGUCAGCACGCCGCGGCACAACACCUUACAUCUGUCCAGGAGCUCGCUAGGUAUAUAUAUAUAUUGUAUGCAGGACCCGCCGGCGCUGUGGAGAGGGCUGCUCGAGCGGCGGAGUGGACGCGGCCGCCGCAGAGGCCGGCGCGGCGCGGGCCGUCAGCACGCCGCGGCACAACACCUUACAUCUGUCCAGGAGCUCGCUAGGUAUAUAUAUAUAUUGUAUGCAGGACCCGCCGGCGCUGUGGAGAGGGCUGCUCGAGCGGCGGAGUGGACGCGGCCGCCGCAGAGGCCGGCGCGGCGCGGGCCGUCAGCACGCCGCGGCACAACACCUUACAUCUGUCCAGGAGCUCGCGUAUAUAUAUAUAUUGUAUGCAGGACCCGCCGGCGCUGUGGAGAGGGCUGCUCGAGCGGCGGAGUGGACGCGGCCGCCGCAGAGGCCGGCGCGGCGCGGGCCGUCAGCACGCCGCGGCACAACACCUUACAUCUGUCCAGGAGCUCGCUAGGUAUAUAUAUAUAUUGUAUGCAGGACCCGCCGGCGCUGUGGAGAGGGCUGCUCGAGCGGCGGAGUGGACGCGGCCGCCGCAGAGGCCGGCGCGGCGCGGGCCGUCAGCACGCCGCGGCACAACACCUUACAUCUGUCCAGGAGCUCGCUAGGUAUAUAUAUAUUGUAUGCAGGACCCGCCGGCGCUGUGGAGAGGGCUGCUCGAGCGGCGGAGUGGACGCGGCCGCCGCAGAGGCCGGCGCGGCGCGGGCCGUCAGCACGCCGCGGCACAACACCUUACAUCUGUCCAGGAGCUCGCUAGCGGGUACACGAGGCAGCUUAGCCAGCGCGGGCAAGCCUGGCGCCACAUUAGCGUCAUUAGCAGGCUUACUUCGAGAACAUUCGCAUGAACGAACGCAAGAGGAGGCCGCGAACGCCUAUGGCAACACACAAGACACGACGGACAGCCGGCGGCGCAGCGAGGAGCGCGCGCCCGGCACGGCGCGGCGGGAGCGCAACAUGCGGGCGAGGAGCCACGGGAAGGAGCCCGCCAGACAGGGCGGCUGCGGGCGCCGCCCGCGACGCGAGCGCGCGCGCCCCGCCUCGUUCCGGCUGGACGCGCGCCCCGACCACGCCGCCAAGCCGGACGACCCGCAGGGUUCUACGGGAAGCGGUUGGGAGGGCGCUUGGCGGGACCAGCCGAGGCGUUCCGCCAGUUCAAAGACGGGCGGGGCGCGGCGCUCGGCGGAGUCCUCGCUGGAGGAGCUGGCGCCGCGCGGGGCCGACGUGUCGCUGCCCGACUGCAAGAUCCUCGCCAACAGGCACGCCAGGCAAGACAGAGACUUACAAAGAUACUUCCUAAACGAAGGCACAUCGAAAGACCUCUCCAAACUCAGCAAAGAAAUCCGACACGAGCGAGAAAGCUAUCGCGAACUAACCGGCCGCUACAUUGAAAAGCCUGAAGCUAUACCGCUUAAAGAGACCCACUACUCCGACCUGUCGAACAAGGAGUCCAUACUCAAGAAAGAAGGAAAAAAGGACUCUAAAAACAAAGACAUAAAGACUAAAAUCAAACGAUCAGAUUCCGGCAGAAGCGAGUUGAAAAUGAACGUGAGUGUCGGCAGUAAAGUGUUGAUCAUCGAACCGCUGGGAGUGUACGACUGCAUCAACUUGGGGAGGAGGAUAGACGUGCAGUGGCCGAGCGAGGCGCAGCGCGAGCGAGGCGGCCGGAGCUACUGGGGCGGCUGGGUGCCCAUGCCCGGGAUGGACGGCCUGGUUGUGCACAAAUGGACCCCCAACCACCGGGACCCUAAACUACGGUCCCACGUCGACAAGAGCAUCCUUCUCAUACAGAUAGAAGACAAAUUCGUACCCAUCGCCGAGAACUGUGUUCAGGACCUUGGCGACGAGGUCUGAGGUGAAAUAGACCUUAAUACAUGGAUGCAAGACUCAAAAUUGCGUUAGAAAUUUCUACCUAUACAAAGUGUUCAUGAUUCAUGAAGAUUUAUUAACAAAUUGGUGUAAAACGUGAAUCAUAAUACAGGCGUAUACGAGGUGCCGUUUUCAACCAAAAGGGUACUUAUUGUCGGUUAUCAAUACGGCGCUAUUUCUAUAAAAAAAUAUUUUUAAUGAAUUUUUUUUUUUACGUCAAUUUUUUUUUUCUUUUUCAUUUUCUUUUUAAUUCAAUUUGAAAUCAACCUUAUCGACUACCGACAAUGUGGUACCUUUUAGUUGAAAUAAUGGUUUCGUAUGAGUUGCAAUUUGCCGCGCUCAAUGUGACCUUCUAAAACCGUCUGAGGGAUAAUUCCGUACAAGCCUCUAGACUUGAAAUCUCGGUCUCAUGAUAGAAAUAGUACAAUCGUGUACAGAAUUCCAUUCUGUAUGCGUAAGCGAGUGCAAGCAAUUUCGGACUCUAAUUCGUACAAGUAAGCUUCAAAAUCACGCUCUCGUGUGGAAGUGUUGAAGUAGAAGACUUCCGUCAUGUAUUAUGUAUCAUAUUUCGUACGAUUAAUACUACAAUCUUAUGAUUGUUCAAGUCUUUAUACAACAUUAUGGCAAUGAAAUGUGAUCCUUAUAUCUUACGCUUGUUUAAAUUUGAUCUUAUGAAUUGGAGGCUACAUUUUAUGACCGUAGUCAUGAAACCACGCACGGUAAAAUAGUACCUAUUCCUUCAAUUAUUAUUGUUUAAGAGCCACCCCACACUAUAGUUUGUGAGACUAAGUUCACACAUUUGACCAAAUGACAACGCCCGUAGAACGUAAACGCAUGACCCAUUUAAAUUAUAAAUUUAUUUAUUUAAUCGUAUGGCGAUAUUGUCAAAUAGGCAAAGAUACAUAAAAGAUUAUAAGGCAACAUCCAGGUUAUGCAGCCACUGCACAGUUUCGGGCGUUGAUGAGAUCAUCUGGUCUCCCCGGGUAGGCGCGGAGAGGACAUCUCCGAAUGAUGUGCUCCAUGGUUUGGUCUUCGAUGCCACAAUCACACAGCGCGGAGUCGGUCCAUCCCCAUUUGUGACGGAAAAAGUUACAUCGUCCGUGUCCAGUUCUUAGGCGAUUCAGUCGGCACCAUUGCUUCCUAGGGAGGUCCAUUCCCUUAUACUUGGUCGUUGGGUCAAUAUUCACGGCCGAAGUUUCAGCUUGGUUCAUCCAAUCUUGUUUCCAUAGCUGAUCGGUGUCAAAGGUGUUUUAUUUAUAAAUUAUAAAUAAAAUCCCGUAAUAAUGAUUGGGUUUGUCAAGUACUUAAAAAAAAUAUUUCGCUUUUCUUAAACAUAACUUCGUUUACAGUACAUAUGGUGCUACUUUUCGGCACUAGUGCGUAAAUUAGCACAUUAUGUAACUAUCUCGAAAAUUUAAAGGGUCAUAUGUACUGUAAAACCUUUACAUAGUAAGUCGCAUUCCCUAUCUUUCGUACUUGUAUCGUAAAUAACUAUUAUAUUAUAUUUUUUAGAUCUUAUUUAUUGGAUAUUUUACGAUAAUAAUUUAUCACGCCAACAGUUAUUAUGUCUGCUCUUUUUAAAAAGCAUUGUUGUUGCUGAUUCUGUCGAUUCGAUUCAUAUAAAAAUCGAUUAUAUAAUAAUAAAAAAUACAUUUAAAACAAAAAUAUAAAUACAGUAAAAUACGACGUGAAAAAAGAUUAAUUAAUAAUUAUAACGAAACAAUAAGCACAUGCAAAAAUCGGUUGUAAAAUCGAUUCGAAUAAUUCGUUUAUAAUCACUAGAUUUGACAAACGAUACGUCUUAGCCUCAUCACUACAAACUUCAAUAGAGAACUAUGAAAUUACGGAAGGUAGAUGAAAGGAACAGAAUCUCCAUAUACCAAAAAAUAUCCGACAAAAAGACCAUAAAUAGAUGGCGCUACAAUACCUAGAAUACUUGAGAAAAAAUCUAAUCAUAGACAGCGCACUUCAUUCCGCCAAUAACGCCUAGGUUCUUAGCUACUCUAGCGCUACUCUGGAGAGAUUUGGAACUAUUAUUUAUAGCUGACAGCUAGACACUUUUGCAACAGUUCUGCCUAAGGAGAUUCUGUUCCUUGCCUCUACCUUCCAUAUGUGAAAUGUUGGAACUUAGAUCUCACAGACUAUAGCGUCUCCCGAGCAUCGGCGUCUAGUUAACUCUAUGGCUGCUGCUCGACGCAACGUUGGCGCAACUGCGAAGCGACGCCAUUUUCCAUAGCGCUGACUAGAUGCCGACGCUCAAAACACGCUAGUGUGGGGUGGUUUUGUGAUGCAGCCAAUAGCAGAAGUUGUUUAGCGUUCGACAUGUUUAAAAUGAUCGACACCCUUUUUUUUAUUAGAACAUUAGUGUAAGCCGAUUAUUUUGAACACUUCGUUUGCUUACCAUCUUUUGCGUGUAAUUUGUAAAGACAAAGUGUGGCGAUGUCAUAAUUAAUGUAUAAUUUCCACUUUCCGUCCUCACUUUGUCCUAUUCAAGUUGAUGCAAUGUUAGCGUAAGCGGACUUUAAUAUGAUUAAUAAUUUUUACAGUACAUAAGGUGCUACUUUACCGCACUAGUACGUAUCUCAAAAAGUUAAUAUGUACUGUUACGAUACAAGUGCGAAAAAUAGGAAAUUCGAAACGAGUGGCGAUAAAUUAAAACAGGACCGAAGGGAGUGUUUUAAAUCGACAUGAGUUGCGAAUUACCUAUUCGCACAUGUAUCGUACGUUUUACAGUACAUAUGGCCCUUUAAAUGUUCGACACAGUAAAGUAAUAUGCUAAUUUUCGCACUAGUGCGGUAAAGUAGCACCAUAUGUACUGUAAAAUGUUGUACGAUACAUGUGCGAAAAGGUAAUUCGCAAGUCGUAUCGAUUUAAAAUACUCCCUUCGGCCGUGUUUUAAUUUAUCCCCACUCGUUGCGUUCCUAUUUUUCGUACUUGUACCGUAAUGUGGGUUAAAAUGUAUUGAAACGAGUUUUCUGCAUUUAUUUGUCACAAAGUGUGAAGUAUGAUUAGCACAAAUUAUCGAAAUUACGUACAUUCUCAUAUCCUUCUAAAUAAUAGUGGUAAUUUAUUUGUCAAUAAUUCAAGCUAUGGUGAUGCUUAUGAUAUACUUAUUGGUAAUUUUAAUUUUUGGAGUUAACUAUUACACGGAAACGGUUUUUAAGUUUUAUUUGGUUUAUCAUUAAAUUGAUUUUGAAUAAAUUGAUAAGUAACGUAUUUAAUAAGUUAAUUACGAUGGAGUGAAGCAUAUUCUAGAUACAUUGAAUUUGGUGAUUAUUCAGUUAAUGAAAUUAAAUAGUAAAUUUAUGGUACAGUCAAGGUAUUAAAUAUCGAUACGAACAAAGCGCCAAAAAUAUGUAUACACGACCUUAUUGCCAAUAUGCUAAGGUAGUGUGUACAUAUUUUUGUCACUUUGUCCGUAUCGGUAUUUAAUACCUUGACUGUACCUAUUCUAAUGGAACUCAGUUAAAACAUUUAGAAGUUUGGAUAUUUAAAAGACGUUAAUAAAAUUUUAAUACGUGAAAGUUUAUAUAAAACUGGAAUAAGACUACUUUAUUAAAAGUAAUUACCAUCUAAAAAUAUCACGUUCACGGGCAUAUAAAUGGUGCUUUUAAAUUUUAGACACCAAAUGAUAGGUAGUGAUUCAGAUAAUACAGGACAGCGACUUAUACAUAUUAGCUGAUAUAAUAAAAAUAUAUAACAGCUAUAUAUUAUAGACUUAUAAGUAAAACCAUCGGUCUUAGCAAAGAUAAUUUGAAAUCGAGGUGUAUUGUCAAAGAAAAUUUUGUAGCCACAGUACAUUUACUGCCAUCUUUCGACACAUGAUAAAAGCCUUUAGAACGCCAUUUGACUUUUAUCCUUAUUCCUUUACUGAUAUGUGUUAAAUUUGUUAAAUAUCAAAAAAUGGCGCGAUCUAAUAUGGCAGCAUCGUAUCGAGCGAUGGCGCCAUAACUUUUAGGUAGUGCCCGGUAAAAUGGCGCCACUGUUUGAUAUUUAUCAUAUAUCAGUGAAAGAAUACGGAUCAAAGUAAAAUGGCGUUCUAAAAGGUUUAAACGUGUGUCGAAAUAUGGCAGUAAAUGUACUGUAGUUACAAAAUUUUCUUUGACAAUACACCUCUAUUUCAAAUUCUAUUUGGUCUUACUUCAAUCUAAGUAUUCGAAACUUUAAAUGUUUAAAAGAAUUUACUUACCAUGUAUAUAAAGUUAAUACGUCAAAUGGUUUAAGAUUUGAAUAUAAAUAGCAAAUUAUUCUGUAAACUGUAAAAAUAGCAUGUCAAUAAAUUGUAUAACAUUAUAUACUGUUGUACUUUGGCGAUUCUAUUCGGUUAUGUAUAUAAUAAGUUUCGUUGUGUGUGCUUCACAUUAAACGUUUAUGUAAAUACACUGUACAUUAUGUAAAAUAUAUGUAAACAACUGUAUAUUAAUCGCUUUAAUAUAUAAAAAUACCCGUACACUUUGUUUUGUAAGUAGAUUAUUUAUUUUUGUUAUUUUUUUUAACUUCGCUCCCAAAUUGAAAUUUUCUUUGACGCCAAAUAUGUUGUAUUAAUAUCAUAGAGGAAUAUGUAAGCAUAGAGUGCUCCCGAUACAACAGUUUUCUUACCAAAAAGCUAAUUAUUUUCGUAGUCGACAUCUGACGUCAAGCUGCAGAUUUAUCAGUACUGCUACUUCACAAUAGAUGUCGCGACGAAUACUAAGUAUUAUUUUCAGCAAUUUACAAGCAGAAGUUGAAUAGCGGCGGCGCGCGCCGGAGCAGAGAGUCCGCUCAGUACAAAGUGCCAUUUUCGCCGCACGCACACAGACGUUACAUUUAUAGGCGUUCUCGGGCACUCUCGGGCAGAGCCUAGUCGCGCUGUGCGCGCGUUGCUCACUUGACGUCCCCACCGCUACGUAGGUACCUACUGUCAUGUACGUCAAAAUGCAGUCUCUAAGGAAUGUAAACAUGAUAAGAUGUAUGUAUAAACGAAUCGAUGUAUGUACUUAUAUUACCUACUCCUUUUUAAACUUUGAAAUUAAUACAGAAGCAACCCUAGUGAGUCGGGCAAGUUUAGGUAUGUAUUUUCAAGAACGGCGGGAACGGACCUUCUGUUUAUUUUUAAUUUUGUGGUUCCUUUUCGUUCAACGCGACAUCUAUUACUGAUAAAUCAGCUACUUGACGCUAGAUGUCGACUACGAAUAUAAUAAGUGUUUUGGUAAGUAAACUGCUGUAUGGAGUGAGCGCUCUAUGCUUUUCUCUAUAGUUAUAUUUAUGUCAUUUACGUGUAUUUAUUGGGUAAUGGGUAGAGUUCUAUGUUGAAUGCGUGCACAUGAUUACAAGUCGAAUAAUUGUAAACAAAUAUAUAAAUGUGUCCACGAGUCGUCUUAUAUUUAUUUCGCCAUUUUGUUUUGAAGUGUAAGCUUAUACUUAAAAAAUAUAACAAUACAGUUAGUGCGGCAAUUUUCAGGAAACUUAUAAUACAAACAAACAAUACUAUCUUUUAGGUUGCCUACAUUUUUAACCUUUUGAACGCCAAGAACCUAAAGUUGUGGUUACUAGUCGUGCCCACAUCGCCAAGGACAACUAUAGGUGUCAUGGCGGACGCUAUCGAAGUAACCUUCACACUUUAAAAUAAGGUUUACAUUACCUCGCUUGCGCCCGGGAGCUUGGCGUUUCAAUGAUGUUUGGGUAUAUGACAAAAUGAGUUCAAAAGGUUAAAAUUUGCCCCUUUUUUCUAGACUAUAAUUUUCAUUUGACCAUAUUCGACGACUCGUUUCGUUUCGUGAACGCCAGUGCCGCUGUUUGUUGUCUAUGAUUGUGAUGUAUAUUUGUAUAUCUAUGUAUUGUUUAUAGAGUAAGUGGCGCGUUGAGUUUUACGAAUUUAAGGGAGAAUAAAUUAUUGAAGUUAAAACGUAAGUAUCUUGAUUGUCUUUUUUUCUAAUGUAGGCUCGGUAUGACGCUGAUUUGAUUCGUCCAUUGUAUUCUGUCAAUACGGGUAAGUAUGGCUGCGGGAUAAAGGUAUGACCGCUUAAACAUUGAUUAGACAUAAGAGUUUAUUACGAAUUCAUACAUUUGUCACUAAACGCAAGUAGCAAAUAAAUAACUCGCAAUAAACACAGUCUGAAAGUCAGCCACACUUACCCCUAUUGACCACACUAAUUUGUGUUAAUUAUUUAAUCGAAAACGUGAUUUUGUUUAAAUCUUACUGGUGUACCAUCAAUUUUAUUAUAAGGUAAUUAAAAACCUGUAAUAAUAUCUACGUUUCUUGUUGCCAAUAUUGAGCAGUCUCAUGAUUUGAGCAUAGUAUUAAAAUGUUUUAAUAAAUAUUGUGCAACGGAUGUUUUAAUCAGAUGGCAAAAUACCGUGCUUUGCGUGGCACCACUGUGUCGAAAGUCCGUUUGGGAUUACUAAACUUUGAACUGUCUAGAAUAUUAAACUGAGUUAAAAUUACUAAAGUUUAUUUUAUCCUGUAUUAUUUCACUGUCAUCAUCAAGACCCUUAUCUAAGACAUUAAAAAUCCGAGGAAUCGCUACAUCGUAGAAAAGACGCUUAAAAAUAGAUCUGUCAUAAAAAGAUUUUCAGUUUUCUUACUGGAAAUAGUGCAUACGCCGGCGCCGUAUAAUUUUUGUAAUUGUUGAAUAGUCAAAUUUGCCCCAUGGGCGCACUUUGCCCCUACUUGCCUUAUGAAUCACCUGUCUAGUUUGAAAGCAAAUAAUACGUUAAAAUGUAUCGUCAAAAUAAAAUAAAAUUAGGGACUAAAUUUCGUUGCUUGCUUUACUCCAUUGAUAGUAUUCUCGAACGGACUACGCAUAUAUUAUAUAUUCUCAAGUUGCCUUAAUAUAUUUUAGACUGAUUUUUUAUAUUCGUGAGCGUGACAUGUCUAGAUAUUGUAAGUCGCUCUGAUUAUUAAUAUUAAGGAUAUCAGUGUACUUACGUCGGGUUUAAGGCGGUUUCACAUAGUUCUGUUCCAUUUCAAUAUUCAACUUUAUGCGUGUAGCUACCGUUAUGUAUUAAGCGACUUCUUAUUUUAAAAUUAUUUAUUUUUAUUUUAAAAGUGUAAACAAAAUAUAGGGACCGUGCGCGUUGGAGGGUCUGCCAUCUUGUGGUCUGAAUCGGAACCAUAAACAUGCACAUUUACACGUCAAGUGUUUUCUUGUGCAUAGUAUGUUCUGCCAUCUUGUGGGCUACAUCGGAACAAUAAACCUCACAUUUACGCUUCGCGCCAAAAAUCUGACAGCUCCUGUGCUGCCUCCUACAGUUCAUGCACGCUCCCUAUAUGUAUACGUACGUGCACGUGUAUUUUAAAAGUUUCAUGUAUAUUUAUUUGUCGAUCUUGUUCUAUUAAAAUACAUUAAUUUACCUAAACAAUGAGCAGCAAAUGAAAAAACAAUCCAAACGAUUUUUAUUUCUCGGUUGAAAGAAACUUAUUUGUGUCGUGUACACCUUUUGAAGUUCUGUUUUAUUUAAAUGUCCGCUUAAAUAUGUUGACUGCAGACACCUAUUUAUAAACGGUAUCUUUAUCUUUUUUAGCUGUAAAAAUUAGAACUAGAUUCGUUCGAACCUCUCUUUAAAAUAUGUACCUAUUUAAGGUUGACUUUCUCAAUUUAUAAAUAAUUCUGAUUAAAUUAUUAGAAACAUUGUUAUAGCUCUUCUCUUUUAAAAUUUUAAUUAAACAUAGUUAGUAUUACUUUGCACAAACUUCUCUCAAAAACGUAUUUGUAAUAAAGUAUCGUUAUACACAUUAAAUUAUAUUUAAAGUAAUGUGGCUCAUUUUCAUCGGACGAUUUCUGAUUCUGCAUAUCGCUGCACUUGUAACCAAUCAUAAAUGAAUAGUUUAAAAAAGACUAGAAAAACACGCUUUUAUAAAUGCACGUAAAAACCAGAAAACGACUAUGAUACGAUAUUCCAUCAUGGAAUGCCAGUGCCUAUCUUCCGGCUUCAUCAUCAGAGCUUGAAACCUCCUCGUGGUCAAAGUUCAUUACAAGACUUUUCUAACAAAUCCAAACACAGCUAUGAUACGAUGUUCCAUCAUGAAGUUCCAGCUCAUAUCUUCCGGCUCCAUCAUCAGAUCAGUGCGACAGUACCAUAUUAUUGUAUUGUCAUUAGAACUAUAUACAGCUGCCAAUUUUCAUGAUGCUACGAUCCUUGGAAGAUGGUUUAAUUAGUUACCUUAGAUUCCAUUACAUAAUAACAUACAGGUCGACCUAAUAAAAGCGUGUUAAAAAUGAGCCCAUACUUAAAUAACAGCUCAGUGUUGGCCGUACGUAAAUUAGAAUUGACCAAUAACCAUUACAAAUAGAACCGUAAACUGUAACCGUCCGUUACGGUUCAAUUUGUAAUGGUUUAUGGUCAAUUCUAGUUAACGUUCGGCCAACACUUACAACUCCAUUAAAUUAUAGACUUUAUGUAGAUAUCACAUUCCGUCCACUCGAAUGUUUUCCUUUUAAUAAAUUCAAUUUCAACCUUGACAUGUCUUUUGACCCUUUAUUGGUAGAUUUCUGUGUCGACAAUAAAGGCCGAAUUACAUCAGGUGCUUAUCCAGCAAUUCUUUGGCUUCUUGCGUAGACACGCUGUGAGCCGGAGCCAUGCUGGCGUGGUUUGACUUUAAUUUUAUACAUAGCGAGUUAAAUAGUAACUCAAAUGUAUGGAUUGUCAGUGUCAAAAGACAAAUUUUGGUCGAAUAUUUGAGUUAUGGAAGGUGGAGGUAAGGAAUGGAAUCUCCAAUAUCUCCAUGUACCAAAAAAUGUCAUCAAAAACCCUUAAAUAGGUGGCGCUACAAUACCUAGAAUACUUGAAAAAAAAAAACAAAUCAUAAACAGCGCACUUCACUCCGUCAAUAACGCCUAGGUUCUUAGCUACUCUGGAGAGAUUGGGAACUAUUAUUAUAGCUGACAGCUGGACACUUGCAACAGUUCUACCAUAAGAGAUUUCACUCCUUUUAAUUCCACACUCCAUAAUUUGAGUUCUUAUCAACUUAAAACUUACCUCCUUGCUACAAAAUAAGUUACGAUGGUGUCUCCUAUGUUCAAAUGUGAGAAGUUAACUUCAGUUUCAUGGUAGACCUAGUGUGAGCCGCCGAUAGUACUGUUGAUUGUGUUAUACUAUGAAUAUCAAAAUAAAAUCCUUCAAAUGGUAAAA